AUGAAAGGAGACGUUGAAUAAUCAAAAUUGUAGAUUCGAUUAGAUCAUGUCAGAGUUCCAUCAUAUUUAAGGUUGAUUGAGGAAACUGAACAAAUAUAUGUAAAUAUACUUAAAACUCUUCAAAACAUCUAAAUCAAAGAUAUUUAAGUAAAAUCACUAAUUUGAUGUUUUAGGAUCUAUUUUAUAUACUUAAACCAACUUAACAACUUUAUAAUUCUGUUUGUGGUUUAUUAUGCUUUGUAGCUGGAGUUGAUAAAUCUAUCACAACUGACUAUUUGUUUUUAUAAUAGAGAGAUUGGGUAGCUAGUUAGAGUCAAUUCUGUAAAAGUUAUGAAUAAAUAAAUGCAAUUUUAUCUAAUGUGUAAUAUAAUCUGAUAAAAAAGAAGAUCAAUAUUUCUAAUAUUAAAGAAGCUCAGAAGUAUUAUAAAGAAGAAUUAAAAGUUUAAGUUAAUUCAGUAUCAGAUAAACUUGAAAAGAUUUUGACUUUGUCAAUUAAUUAUUAUACUUCAUUCUAUAAGAUAAUCAAACUCAAUUAAAAGUAUGAGUUACAAUCAAAGACACCUCAAGAAAAGAGUUCAGAUGAAUUAAAGUCUUAUAUGUUAUCAAAAUUAAACAAUAAUUUUUAAGAUGAUGAAUCAGAAAGUAAAGUUGAAGAAGAAACUUAAAUAUAAAAUGAAUUAGUUUAAUAAAUACCACCUACUCCUAAGGAUUAACCUACUCCCUUUAAAAUGUUGAGUAGAUUUAAAGAUUUUAGUUCUUAUUAAAAAGGCAUUACUGAAGAUUAAAAAACAUCAAAAAGUCCAAAAUUACCAAGUUAUUCAACUACUUCAAAAAAGUAAUAUUACUAAUCUAAAUCCCCUUUAUAAAGUUAUAAUAAACAGUAGGAGGUAAAUAACCCUAAAAAUGAGUAUAUGAGCUUUUAAGAUAAUGUAAGUGUUAAGAGUUUCUAAACUUAACCUUAAGAGUAAUUCAAUAGUCCAAAGAAUAAUUAAACUAAUAAAACUGUCUAACAAAAAUCUUCAUAAUCUAAAUCUCCUGUAGUUGCUAUUAGAUAGAAAGAAAUUUAGAAGAAACAUAUUAUUUAAUUACCAGAAGCUCCAAAUUUAAAUAAAAUAGUUGAAUAAAUACAGAGUAAUGAUCCUAAUAUUGAAAAAUAAUUAAAAUAAGAAUUAGAUAUGGUUUAAAAAUAAAUAAAAAAAUUAGAAGCCACAAAAAAAUAAUUAGAAUGGCAAGAUUAAAGAUAAGUUAUAAUUUAUCAUUUAUUUUUAGAGUAAGAAAAUUAGAGACUAAUAUGAAUAAUAAUAUUUGAGUGAAUAAUUAGAAUAAAGUAAACAGUUCUUAGAAAAUAGAUAAAAAUUUAAAGAAGAAUAAAAAGAAAAAUUAAAGAGUGAAUUUAAAAAGUAGAUUAAAAUAAAGAAUGAGGUUUAGGACUUCUAAUAGUAAAGAGUUUGGAGUUUAUUUAAAGAAUUAUAGAGAAGUAUAAUAUAGAAAGAAGCAUUACAAAAAGAUGCUUUGUAGAUGGAAUAAUUGGUUUGUAUAAAAAAUUAAGGAAUUUAAAAAUAUUGA